UGGAGGUACUGGGUACCUACCACUUUAAGUUAAAUAAAAUUUUAAUACAAAAAAAUCUUAAAGGACUUAAAGGGAUAAAACAAAAGACAGUACAAAUCUUGCCAAACUAAAACUUAAAAUUAAUUUUAAAACAAAUCAUUUUAAUUUAAACAAUGCAACAAUUAAUACUAAAGUGGAUAAUCCUAGCAACUGUGAACUUUAAACUCAGUGUAUCAGAGAGUAUGUUAGAUUUAAAGUACAGAUUAAGAAAUAGUAUUGGGCAAGAUUUUGCAAAUAAAUUUAAGAAGCUUAAUAAAAGAUGGUACACAUAUGACCCCAUAGUUGAAGAACCUCGGAAACAGCUUAUAGUCGCUCCAGAGGAAUACAAUAGUAUUUUUAGAAUAGGUGGAAGCAAACAUUGGUGGGACUGGAUUGGAACAGAUAACGCCAAAUCCUCUUCAGAGUCGACAGAAGACCCAGUAAUAAGUCAUAUAUUUACAACUAGCAACAAUGUGAACUUUAACGAGAUAUUCUCAAACAGUCUGGCGUCGCUGAAUGAUGAUUCGGUGACAACGAUAAAGAAGCAAGACGAUGACUUCACCCUGACUCACAUGCCGUCGCAGUUCGCGGAGUUCAGACCUUACACCACCUCCACGACCUCUACAAGUUCUACCACCACACCUCCACCAAGAUUUCCAAAAGCGUCGCACAUAACAAAACGGACGAGAGCAACAAGAGUUCCAAGGACACGAAGAACGACGACAACUGCUCCACCAACCACCACGACACCCAGCGUCAAGGUUCUACCACUAAAACAAAGAGGAGUCCUAGACCUGUUAUUCCCAGCAGUCCGAGUGAAAAAAUUCAAAUCCAUUUUCGAAACCGUCAGAAGAAUGCUGUCAUAUACUUUUUAAAUCCGAUGUUGUUGUACUUGAGUUAAGUGUUAAUUUAGUUUUGGAUGGUUAUGUGAAUUAAAGGUGAAGGUUUUUA